AUGACAGACCCAAUUCUGAAUUUAUGUAGCCCAAAAGCGCGGAUCCCUCGAAGAUUUACUUUUACAGGCCCCUCAAAAUCUCCAAUCAUAUGCUCUCACUCUCCCUCAAGAAUAUAUACCCCAAUGGUCUCGUCCCAAUCUACGAAAAAUUCUUUCAAAACUCCUGACUCGUCUGCAGCUACAUCAGCAGGAGUAACUCCAAAAUGCCAUCCCCCAUGCCAUCAAAAAUCAGAAAGUAUGAGCAGCAACAUCAGCAUAUCUGACAUAAAAAAUAAUUUCCCAGAAAAAAUUGAAUAUAGCUCUUUAAAUUACGUAGAAAAUAAGCCUUAUGAGCUAUCGUCUGAAAUCGCCAGAAAAGAUUCACUUAUUAUUGACCUCAAUUUAAGAUUGCACGAAAAGAAUAUCCUUAUAAAAAAAUUAAAAGAAAAGUUAUCAAAUGCAAACUCCUAUGAAAUUCAAAAAAAACUGGACGCAAAAGUAGAGGAGUGCGAAAAAUUGAGGGGGCAGCUAAAUAUGAACCAAAAAGAAUAUAUUUACAAAUUAGAAAAAGAAACGAAAAGGCUGUUGAAACUUGUUAAAGAAGGAGACAUCAAGCUGGGAGAAUUGAAAGAAGAAAUAGAGAAGCUUAAAGAUGUCAACUUCAAGUUGCAGGCUAGACAAGGAAAUAUGAUAAAAAUUAUUGCUGGAUAUUGCAAAGAAUCCAAAAAAAUGAAAACUUUGAAGUCAGGAACUAUUUCGAUUGAAGAAAUGAACGAUAUAGAGAAACAGUUUUCAGAAAUUGAAGAAAUUCAUAAUAAAUUAAUCGAAGAAAAUAAUGACCUAAAGCAUCAAUUGGAUCAAUUGAAUUUAGAAAAUGAGCAAAAUGUCAAAGGCAACAUCAGGGACAUUUCAAGUGAUUUGUUUAAAAUAAUGCUAGAACUAACUCAGCUUGUAAGAAUUGCAAACAUUAUGCAUACUGGCCAAAGGGUAGAUCUGGAAUUUUUACUUGGCGUUACUCAGCAGGUCCAAGAAAUUCAAGGGGAACCCCUAGAGCAGUGCAAAGAUUUGAUUAUAGUAAUUAGAAAAGACCUAGUUGAGCUAAGAAACGUAAUCGCAGACACUUAUGCCGAGCAUUGUGGCGAUAAUUGUACAACUCACUCCCCCCCCUCCGUGAGUGAAUAAAAACAUUUUGUUCACUCACGGAGGGGAUUAAUUUUUUUGUUUUUAAAAAAUUUAUAUAUAAAUUUUAUAAAAAAGUUUUUUUCGAAAUUUAAAAAAAUCCUAAUUCGCAAAAAAUUGGAAAGCAAAAUUAAUUUAAUUUAUAAAAUUUAUGUUUUAAAAAGCAAUUCGUUCAAAAUUAAACAGAAUUAGCUCUAGAUUUCAUUAUACUAAUUAUCAUUUAUAUAUCAAAGUUUUUUUCCAUAAAAAAAUUUUUGUUCACUCACGGAGGGUGGGUUUUUGGGCAAAAAAUAGGAAUUUUUCUAAUGGUUUUGUUCACUCACAGAGGGGGGGGAGUCAGUAA